UUACAAUAGUUUAGGCGAAUUUUUAUUACGAAGCGAAGGUAUUGUUCUGUUACUUCUUAUGAUCAAUAUUGUACAAGGUAGGGUAUCAUUUCAAAGUCUAUGCUUCUAUUCAUACAUAAGCUUCUAAUCUAUUAAAAAGUGGCGACACUACAUGAUAGAGGGUGUUAGUAAUAGCAACGUAAUAUGGGUUGCAUAAAUCUUCGUCGUAUGAUAAAAAUAAUGAUUAUUCCGUGGCGUUACAAAUAGCCAAUAGCAUAGCAAGCAAUAGCAAGUGCUUUUAUCAUAUACAACUUGCUUGUACAACCAAGUUAUCAUACGCGGAAAGUGGUAUUUAUAGUAACAAUAAGUACUGCUAUUUAACUACUUAAAAGAUAUUACUUUGAGUGCCAGUUUAAAAUACAUCUAAAAGUAAUAUAAAAGAGUAAUUGUAGACUACACAAGAUGAAAACAGAGCAUAUGGGGUGUAAACUUUGGAGUACGAAUGUAGAUUUGUCGUUGAUUCACGAGGAAUGUCUUCAAGAAAUUGAUACAUCUAAUGUUACUUCAAUCUUAUCCAAAAUUAAUUGUAAUGAACAUGCAAAUAACGAUAAGAAAAUGCUUGAUUUAAAUAUGGAAACAUUGGAAAAAUGUAAAGAAAAUGAUGUGUAUAAAAAUAUUCCGGCUGUAGAAAAUCUCAUUAGUGUAUUAACAAAAGAGAAUAGUGUUUGUUCUGUUAAAGAAGAGAUAUCGAAAUCCAAAAAAUUAACAAACGAUGAAAACUAUGAAGACAUGCUUUAUUUUGUUUGUAAUCUAUGUCCCUUUUUGUGUACGAAAACUACUAAAAUAAGAGAGCAUUUAGAGAACAUUCAUAAAACUAAUGCCGUAUUUAAACAGGUAAUCUUCAAGUGUCCUGCAUGUGCAAACACCUUUUUUCAUAAAAUGUCUCUUCGGUCGCAUUUAAUAUAUGAUCAUCAAGUUGGAAAUAGCGAUGUGAAGAAAAUCUUACAGGCUGUACUAUAUUAUUCAAAGAAAAGUAAUGCUGAUUACAGUAAGAAAAUGGAUAGUACUACAGGGUUUACAAACACUUCAAGAGAUCAAGUGAAAAUAUCUGAAAGAAACUUUUAUACUGUAGGUAAUACAGUCUAUUCCAAAUCAGAUGCAUUUGUACCUUAUGUUGAUAAUAUUGAAAAGACCCUAACACCAGUAGAAAAUGAAGAGCUUAUGAUAUUAAGUCCUCAUUUAUCAUACAAUGACACAGAACCAUUAAAUUUUAAAACAGAUUGUUCAGAUAAAGAAAGAAUAACAGUAAGUAAAGAUGUAAAAAUGCAGGGUUUAUUAUCUCAAGAUAAACAAAGCAUAAUUCAUAAAUGUGAAGUACCCACAUGUAAAGUAUAUUUACAUGAUGCCACAAAAUUGUUUUAUCAUGUGAAAUGCCAUAUAGAAAAUGGUUUUAAAUGUUUGGAGUGUGAACAGAUUUUCUCAUGGUGGAAACCUUUAACUGGACAUUUGUGGAGAAUCCAUAAAAUUGAUAUGGAAUUAUAUGCUUGUGACAAAUGUGAUUAUAAAACAUUUAGUUUGGGAAAGUUAAAUAAUAUUCAUAGACCCAUCCACAGUGAAGCAAAACCAUUCAUUUGUGAUGUGUGCAAUAAAGGAUUCAAGAAUUCCAAACAAUUGAGAAACCAUAAAGUGAAACAUAAAGAUUUUUUAAACAAAACUAUACAGCUAUGUGUAGAAUGCAACAAAAUGUUCUCUGAUAGAAGACAGUUACGGAUCCAUAUGGACAGUGUCCAUAAGAAACUGAAGCCAUUUCUAUGCAGCUACUGUGGUUACAAAGGGGCAUCAAAAAGUUCCCUUAGGAUGCAUAUGCGACAGCAUACAGGGGAAAAACCGUUUUCUUGCGAGCAGUGUAGCUACACAACAGCAGAUCAUAACUCUUUGCGCAGGCACAAACUAAGACACACUGGACAAAAACCAUACAAAUGCGCCUACUGUGAUUAUGCCUGUAUACAGAGCAGUACAUACAAAGUGCAUCUGAAAACAAAACAUCCAGGCCUAGAAAAAAAUUUGUUGUUUUCAUGUUCUGAUUGCCAAUUUCGCACCGUUAAUAAAGACAUGUUCCUAACGCACGUCUCUACCAUGCACCAAAAAACUGUCCUUUUGUGUCUCUAGAAAAAUUGAAUUAAACAGUAAAGAAAAAAGAAAUAUGUUAAGUAACCCUUUUUUUUUUAUUUUGUUGAUCUUUCAAAAGCAGACACAACAUUGAUACUGUUUUUAAAUUGUUUUAUGUCGAUCAUUUUCCAACUGUCCUGCGAGCUAAAUUUCGGAUUUAUCGGAUCUGGGUUCGCGUAAAUAUUCGUUCCUUUAUUGGGACCCACAAUGAAAAUCAAAUUACCCUCGUAGGCUGCUACAUAUUUUUGAAAGGCUAUUUCGUCGUUGAAAUAGCAAAACAGCAGUGCUUCGUCAUUAUUGAAGAGUUUUGUUUGCGGUAGUAAUUUAGGAAAAAGUAAAGGGAUAAAUUUGGUUCCACUGUACUUACUGUUCCACCACGAAUCAUUUAUUUCGAUACCUCGUACGUUUAAACCUAGAAAUUAAAAAUUAUUGUAUUAUGCUAACUUUUUAUAUUACAUAAAAAAGAAUCUCUCAUAAAAGUUGGGUAUUAAUGAUUACUUUUACUUACUGGUACACUGUCCUAGUAACCAUUCGAAGAGACCGCAUCCGCAUCCCACUGACACAACACCAUUUAAUUUUUUCUCUAGUAUUAAUUUGCCAAUGAAAUGUAACUCUUCUUCAGAAGGCCAGGCCCACAUUAGCCUUCUAGCAUUUGUUAUAUUAUAAUAAUUAAUGUCGAUGCUUAAAAUACCUCGCCAGUCAUUGUGGAUAUAAAAAGAUAAAAUUGUAUUUUCAAAAGUGUUAUCUUCCUCCUGCCCAUUCAUAUUAAAUAGCAUUAUUUCAUUAAAACAUUUAAUAAUGGAUGCAUUCGUUUACAUCAUCAUAUUGGAAUAUUUAUUUAUAGAAUUAAAUCCUGCCACUUACCUUG